UUAAAAGAGUAAAUAUUAUGGAUUUAGAAAAAAGAAAAGAAGUAUACGGAUUAUGUGGAGAAUGUAAUGAACCAGGUACAGGAUAUCUUUGGUGUCAACCUUGUAAUGCUAAAAGAUUUGAGGAAAAUUUUAAAAAUUGGACUAGUGGAAAUAAAAAUAUUGAUGAAUUAAUACAACAAUCACAACUUAAUGCUUUUUUUUGUACAAAAUUUCUUGAAUGGAUACCUUUUGAAAAAUUUGAAAAUGUUACCUAUCUUACUAGAGGUGGUUUUAGUAAAAUUUAUUCGGCUUACUGGCCCGAAGGAAAUAUUGGGCAUUGGGAUAUUGAAAAUCAAAAAUGGAUCCGAGGAUCAAGAAAAGUUGCAUUGAAAAGUUUAAAUAAUUCAUCUAAUAUAAAUCCAAAUACUAAAGAUUAUAUAAUGGUUUUACAAUAUUUUGAGGGAGGAAAUUUGAGAAAUACUUUAGUGGAAGAUGGACUUUCAGGUAUUCAUGAUGCUGGAAAUAUUCAUAAAGAUUUUCAUUCGGGCAAUAUAUUAUAUAAUAAUUAUAAUGAUAUACUAUCAAUUAGUGAUUUGGGAAUGUGUCAACCAGUAAAUGAUAAUGAGCGAAAAGGAAUUUUUUUACGUGGAUAUCAAUAUACAAAAGCAGCAGAUAUUUACUCAUUUGGAAUAAUAAUGAAUGAACUUAUGUCAGAAAGAAUUCCUUAUAAUGAUAUUCCUCAUGAUCAAUUUUUGGUUGUUAAAAUAUGUAAAGGAUUUAGACCAAAGAUUUCUGAAGAUACACCAAAAUUAAUUGUAGAUUUGAUUAUUAAAUGUUGGGAUGCUAAAGCAGAAAAUAGACCAACUACUAAAGAAUUACGUCAAAUAUUGGAAAAAUAUUUAGACGACGUUGAUGAUGAAGAGAGAAUAAAUCAAAAAACAGAACAAAUGAAAAUAAAUCUAAAAAUCCUCAAAUACAUCCACAAGCAAUUUAUACUAGCAGACUUUUAAAAUUUGAAAAUCUUCCAGAACCAGUUAAUUCAACCAAUUAUUUAUCUUCGUUUCAAG